UCACUAUCGACGCGCCAGCCCCGCUCGAGGAUGAGGCGCUGAGAAUCUGGGUGGCACCGAGGGAGCUCCUCAUGGAGCGUCUUCCCACCGCGCCAACCGCCGCCGCCCCAUCCAUGAACACAAAGCAGUGUACUCAAGCCAUUGUGGGUCCCACACGUCCACUUGCCCCGGCGGUACACCGAGUACCAGGAGUCCCUCUAGUAGCACCCCGACCGAAGCCCAUCCUGCGCAUCGCAUAUGGGUCCAUCCGAGUGCGUCACGGCUCCAUCCAGUAGCCGCGGUACUGACCUCACAGUGGUCGCGAUGAGGGCUUCCAUACUCGGCUUGGGAAGGAGCAGAGAUAGCGACGGGCU